AUGAGCCAUGACUUGUUGUUUCUGUCUGUCUCCACCUGCCUUGGCCAAUCAAUCAAACCACAGAUAAAGGAGGAGAACAAGCCGGUGACCACGGCCGUGCCUCCACCGCCUCUGUCAGCGCUGCCAGGCGGCUUCCUCAAACAGCUGGUCCGAGAAACAGAGCAGGAGACCAAACAGAAGGAGCCGGAGGUCAAAGAGGAGCGGCCGCCAAACAAAUUGAGCAACAACCUGGUUCAACAGUUUCUUGUCCCAGAUCAGACUCCCCCGAUCCUCGAGGCUGAGAUGUCCCUCCGAGCCGAACAACUGAUCAACAGCAGCAAGCAAGGACGCAACUCAGUCCUGUCGGACGGCAGGUCGUCCUCACAGAGGCACAUAGUCAGUCCUGUCCCCGGCAACAGACAGGAAACCAAACAGGAUGUGACACUAGAGCCGCCAAAGCAGCAGCAGGACACAAGGACAGAGAAGAACAAGAAGGUGCCACAAGCCGAGCAGAAGGAGAAGACAGAGGAAGUGAAGCAGGUGGAGAAGAAGGAGGAGAGGCAGGAGCCAGAGGGAAGACAAGCAGACACAACCAUCACAGAGCCGGAGAGGAGAGAGGUGAGGGAUGUGUGGUAUGAAGCCGGGACUGUGUGGUAUGUCCACAAGGACGGUUUCACCCGUGCCACUCAGCUGAAGCCAGAUGAAGGUACACCUGAACUCCCAGAAGGCCGUGUGAGGGUGCGUCUGCAGACAGAUGGGUCACUGCAUGACGUCACAGAGCAUGAAAUUGAGAAGUGCAACCCCCCGGAGCUGGAUCUGUGUGAGGACCUGAGCGACCUGCAGAGCGUGAAUGAAUGUGGAGUUCUGCACACACUGACCAGCCGAACUAAAGCCAACAUGCCGCUCACACACGCAGGACCCAACCUGGUCAACUUCUGGCCUCCCAUCCAGGCACACGGCAAGACCCUGAAGUCUAGGCGAGGGGAGUCGGUGUGGGAUGCUCCUCCUGCUAUGGCUGCUCUGGUCAAACGCGUCCAUGUGUCCAUGGUUGGCACCAGGAGGGACCAGAGCGUAUGCGCGGUGGGACACAGUGGGACGGGCAAGACGGCUGCAUGCCAAGCUUUCAUACAUGCUCUCCUCCAACAAGCCGGUGCCACUGGAGAGAACAUCAGUGUGGAGCGCGUACAGGCCAUGUUCACCAUCCUCAGGUCCUUCGGCUGUGUGAGCUCUCAGCACAGCGAGGCUUCGUCUCGGUUCGCCAUGGUCUUCUCACUGGACUUCAACCACACUGGACAGGCUGCGGCCGGACACCUCCAGACCAUGAUGCUGGACAAAUGGAAAGUGUGCCAUAAAACUCAAGGAGAGAGUAACUUCCUGGUCUUCUCUCAGAUGCUGGCUGGAAUGAGCACGGAGAUGAGGACUGAACUUCAGCUGCACCACCUUCCUGAAUUGAACUCUUUUGGUAUUAUUCAUCCAACCAAGGUUGAGGAGAAACAGCGUGCGUCCGUCGCCUUCACCAAGCUGCUGACUGCCAUGGAAAUGCUGGGCUUCUCAGCCGGCGAGCAGGAUGCGAUCUGGCAUGUUCUGGCUGGUAUCUACCAUCUGGGAGCUGCUGGGGCCUGUAAAGUGGGCCGGAGACAGUUCGUGAACUUCGACAGCGCUCAGGUGGCCAGCAGUGUGCUGGGGUGUGAUGGAGAGGAGCUGAACACCGCUGUCUUCAAACACCACCUCCGCCAGCUGCUGCAGAGAGCCACCGGGUGCAGCAGAGAGCGGAGUCCUGCUGCCGAGUCCGAGGACGGUCCCAGGCUGACAGCUGCCCAGUGUGUCAAUGGGAUGGCCGCUGGACUCUAUGAGGACCUCUUCACUGCCAUAGUCUCGCUCAUCAACAGAGCUCUGAGCGACCGGCAGCUGGCGCUAGCCUCUGUGAUGGUGGUGGACACUCCGGGCCUGAGGAGCCCGAGACACUCUGCGGAGGAGCGAGGAGCCAGCUGGUCGGAGCUCUGUCACAACUACCUGCAGGAGAGGCUACUGGAGCACUACCACACACACACCUUCAGACACGCACUGGAGAGAUACACACAGGAGAAGAUCCCAGUGGACUUUGAGUGUCCAGAGAGCAGCCCAACGGAGGUUGUGUCUGCCAUUGACCAGCCACCUCCACAGGUCCGGGCAGCAGAUGGAGACGCCAGGGGUCUGUUAUGGGUUCUGGAUGAGGAGAUGGCGACACCAGACUCCAGUGAGAGCACCGCCCUGGAGAGAGUCUGCCAGUAUUACAGCAACACUGUGCGUCAGUGCGAGCAGCCGCUGCAGUGUGAGGUGAGCCACCUGAUGGGCGAAGAGCCGGUCCGCUACGACCUGACUGGAUGGUUCAGUCUGAUUCAGAACAACCCGUCUGCUCUCAACGCCAUCUGUCUGCUCCAAAACUCCACCAUCGAGGCAGUGAAGGCCAUGUUUACCCCCAGGAUGUCUCUGCCCCCUCUGUGUCGAGGCCUGGGGGGUCUGGAGGGUAGCAGCCAGUGCUCUCUGCAGAGGAACGGCACCAUCAGGAAGACUUUCAGCGGCGGGAUGGCAGCUAUCCGCAGACACUCCCAGUGUAUUGCUGUGAAACUGCAGGCAGACGCUCUGGUGAACCUGGUCCGUCGAACCAGGCCGGUGUUCCUGCAGUGUGUUAGUGCAAAAACCAACAGCGGCGGCUUUGACGUCCCGGCUCUCAGAGCCCAGCUGCGUUCCACACAGAUCCUGUCGGCCCUGCAGCUCUACCGCACAGGUUAUCCAGAGCACAUGUCUCUGAGUGACUUCAGGCGUCACUUCCAGGCCUUAUCUCCUCCAAUCAUGAAACGUUAUGCUUCGAUGUUUGUCAGCCAUGAUGAGAGGAAGGCAGUGGAGGAGCUGCUGGUUGCAUUGGAUGUUGACAAAAAGAGCAUCGUAGUGGGCGCCAGCAGGGUGUUUAUGAAGCGGGGGGUGCUGCAGUAUCUGGAGCAGCAGAGGGACCAGCAGGUGACAGGCUGGCUGGUCCAUCUACAGGCCUCCUGCCUGGGACACCUGGCCCGACAGAAGUACCGCAGACUCAAGGUGCAGCAGAUGGCCGUGCGCUGCCUGCAGAGGAACCUGAGGGCUCUGAGGGCUGUGGCCACGUGGAGCUGGUGGAAACUUUUCUGCCGAGUGCGUCCCCUGCUCGAUGUCAACAUGGACAACGAGAGGCUCAGGGCCAAAGAGGACGAGAUAUUGGCUCUGAGACAGCGGCUGGAGAAAUCAGAGAAGGAGAAGAAUGAGCUGAGGCAGAAUGCAGACAGCCUGGAGACCAAGGUUACAGCUGUGACAUCUGAGCUGAGUGAUGAGCGUUUCCGUGGCGACGCGGUGGGUCAGGCUCUGGACGUGGAGCGGGCCGAGAGACUUCGACUCAGCAGGGAGAACAAAGACCUGCAGGCUCGUCUAGACCAGAGCAAAGUCGCCAUAGAAACCCUGGAGAAGCGGCUGGAGGAGGAGAAGCAGAAAGCUCAGAGCGCUGAGAGUCAGAGAGGAGCAGGGACAGAAAGUGAGCUGGCCAUGCAGCUGGAGUGCUGCCAGACCGAGGUGGAGUUUGUCCGCAGACGACUGAAGCAGACAGAGGAAAAGCUGGAGACGGAGAGACAGACCCGACAGCAGCUCGAUACCAAGGUGGCGACGCUGCAGGCCCAGCUGGAGCAGUCCAGGAGGAGUGUGACAGAACUGAAACGUCACUGUCGCCGUGUAACCUCUGACCUUCAGGAUGCCCGAGUCCUCACUGACAGUCUGCAGAGCCGCAUACAUGAGCUGGAGCGCAAACAGAGAAGGUUUGACAGUGAACUGACUCAGGCUCUGGAGGAAGCUGACAAUGAGAGAGAGCAAAAGGACAAAGCUAUUCAGGAAAGCACUGCUCUGGGGGCUGAGAUAUACGCUCUGCGCCGCAACCUGCAGGAGAGCCAGUCAGAGGUGGGCCGUCUGCAGAAGCAGAAGGAGGAGCUGUGCGCUCAGAUCCGAGACCUCAGCCUGCCCGUGCACCUCGCCUCCGACUCACUACCGGACCUCAAGAAACAGCUUCGUCUCCUGGAGAGCCAGGCCAAUGAGAGAGCGGAGGAAAUCACCAAGCUCACGGCCAAAAUACAACAGCAGGAGCAGGUCCACAUGCGGUUUGAGAUGGAAAUGGAGAGGACAAAGCAGAUGCAUCAGAAGGAGUUGGAGGAUAAAGAAGAGGAGUUAGAGGAUGUCCACAAGUCCUCUCAAAGACGGCUGAGGCAGUUGGAGAUGCAGUUGGAGCAGGAGUAUGAGGAGAAACAGAUGGUGAUUCAUGAGAAGCACGACUUGGAAGGACUCAUUGCAACUCUGUGUGACCAGGUGGGGCACAGAGACUUCGAUGUGGAGAGGAAGCUGAGGAGAGAUCUGAAGAGGACUCGUGCCCUGUUGGCUGACGCCCAGCUGCUUCUUGCCACCAUCGACAGCUCAGGACAGAAGCUGCCCAAUGGCAGCAAAGAUCAGAUAGAGCGGCUACACUGCCAGCUUGAGGAUAGUGAAGCGAGGCGACUCAAGGCUGAGGGCAUUCAGGUGACGCUCUCGCAGGAGUUGGAGAACACUCAGAUUGAACUGGAAAAUAUCUGCAAGCAGAAAGGCAUGGUGGAUGAGCAGUUAGCCCUGCUGCAGCAUGAGAAGGUGGACCUGCUGAAGAGGCUUGAGGAGGACCAGGAAGACCUCAAUGAACUGAUGAAGAAGCACAAAGCACUCAUUGCACAGUCCUCCAGUGACAUUUCUCAGAUCAGAGAGCUACAAGCUGAACUAGAGGAGGUGAAGAAACAGCGACAUUCUCUCCAGGAAGAGCUCCAGCAGUGUGCGUUGAGGGUGCAGUUCCUGGAGUCAUCCACUGUGGGGCGUAGUAUUGUCAGUAAACAGGAGGCCCGUGUAUGUGACCUGGAAAAUAAGCUGGAGUUUCAGAGAGGGCAAGUCAAGAGGUUUGAGGUGUUGGUGUUGCGUUUAAGGGACAGCGUGGUUCGUCUUGGAGAGGAGCUGGAGCAGAGCGCCCAGGCUGAAGCUCGGGAGAGAGAGAAUGCCCGCUACUACCAGCAGCGGCUGCAGGACAUGAGGCUGGAAGUGGAGGAGCUGACCCAGAGAGAGCAGGACAGCAGCCGCAAGCGCAUGGAGCUGGAGAUGCAGGUGGAGGAGCUCAGCGCCGUCCGACAAGCGCUGCAGGCCGACCUGGAGACGUCCAUCCGCCGCAUCGCCGACCUGCAGGCCGCCUUGGAGGAGGUGGAGUCCAGCGAUGAGAGCGACACUGAAAGUGACUCGGUGUCCAGCGCCGGCUCUGUCGGCAGCAAGGAUAUGGGAGAGGGCAUUCGUACCUGGUUAGGUCCUAGAGGAGGGUCCCGCGGUGGCGGCUCUCCUCACAGCAGCCAGGGGGGCCGCCAGUCUGUCGCCGACACCAUGAGCACCUACAGCUUCCGUUCUUGUGUGGAUCCUGAUGACGAGGGUUCUGAGGCUGGGGGACUCGGUACCAGAGGCCUCGGUCGAGCGCCGUCCGUCAGAGCUGCUGGAAGGACUUCACGAAGACCCCCAGUCAACUCUGUGGGGCCGGAAGACGCCCAGGAGACCCGGCCUGGCCCCAGCAUCCUGAAACCAUCCUCUCCGCUUCUGCCACGUGCUGCCAGUGCUCGCUCCAUCACUGACUCGCAGGCAUCCGCUUCCGCCUCUACAGCUGGAGCCAAACUCUCCCGCUUCAGCUCCAGUGAUUCCCUCUCUUCGCUUCCUUCACUGCCACGCCUCUCCUCGUUGACGUCCUCCCUCGCCGCUCCCCAUCACCCUCCCUCCCUGUCCAUCCCAGAGGAGUACUCAGAGGAACCACUUUGCUCCGUGACGACUCCCAUCCAGCGCUCCCCUCAGCCACUGAGGCGGUGCAUGCUGGGGAGUCUGGUCACAGAAAAUGGAGGUGAGGGCUCUCUGGGUUCAGAGCCCAUGAUCUUCCAAAACCGUCGCCUGACCACAGACGACGGCCAUGAUGACGCAGCCUCCGACAUCCUGCCCGCCAUCCGGAGAGCUCAGUCUACCAGCAGCCUGGCCAGCUCAGUCAGAGAGGGCAGGAGGGCACUGAGCGUCCGCUUUGGAGAGCUGCCUCCUUCGAACCGCAGCAGGAAAGGCUCUGAAACUGAGUCAUCCAGCUCAGGUGGAUCAGGAGGUUCCCAGGGUGGUGGGUCAAGACGGAGGUUUGAAAAGCCACAGGGGGAAAGACUGGAGGCAGAGGGCAGCGAGGGGGGAGACGUGGCCUCAGUCAUGAAGAGAUACCUGAAGAAGGAGACUGACUGA